AUGGAGUACUUUGAUUUUGAAGAGGCCUCGUUCGCCUCUAACAGUAAUGUGCAGGACGAUGUUGCAUCCGAUUGCCAGGAAAGAGACGAAGCCGAUGCCGUGGAAAGCUUCGAUUCUCUCUUCUUCGACAAGACCUUUCAGCUGCACUCGAACAAUUCGGACGCUGCGGCUGACAAUGAGGGGCCCUACAAGGACGAUGACCUUCCAGUAGCCCCUCCAGUCGUCGUGCCUGAUCCCGUUGCUGGCGGCGACUAUCCCAUGUUUCGAUCCACCGAACCGUGUGAUUUCUGUCGCCGCAUGGGAUUUAACUGCUUCAUCAUCAAAAGAGGUGUUUUGAACAACGGCUGUACCUGCUGUGUAUCACUCUACCGAGAGUGUAGCUUCACCCACGCCAAAGCUCCGGGCAAAUUCCUCCACACAUUACACCCUGUCGGUGAAGACAUUGUCACUUCGACCGGUGGGCUCACGGGCAGACGUGCUCUGAAAUCGGUAGGCUCCAACAAGUUUGACGAUCUCGAAGCUCGUGGCAGGAAAAGCGGUGCUCGUUUCGGACGCGACGCAAUUCGGGUGUUGAAGACCUGGCUUACCGAGCACUAUCAACACCCCUAUCCCUCCGAAGAGGAAAAGGACGAUCUCAAGGAACGCACUGGUUUGAAACGUAGCCAGAUUGCAAACUGGCUGGCGAAUGCUCGUCGACGUGGAAAAGUUCGUCCGCCCACACGUAGCACCUCGCCCGUUCCGGGGGCAGUGAACAUUUCAAGACACUCGUCUACCUCCUCCUCGUCGUCUCCCAGCGUUGAUAUCUCUCUCAUGACCCCACUUGAACGAUGGAAGCACUCCCCUCCUGAAAACGAACCUGCGUCAACCAGCGAUAUUAUUCGAGCCAUGGCCAAUCCGCCUUUUCCUGCGUCCCCUUCGCAGCUGCAGCUACAAUAUCUCCAAUCGCGCCCUUCUCUUUCGGCACAUGGCAGAUCUGCCUCUCGGAAAACUGGUUCUAGCAAUGACUCUAAUUCCAUUUUCCAAUCUCGGUCUGUGAGCAGUUUUGAAACCGAGAAUAAAUCUUCCAUCUCCGACUUUUCAUUCGCUUCUGCAUUUUCUCAUCGCUCUUCUCAGCCGUCAUUGAACUCGGCCGAUCGAAAGGAACGUCGGCGACGGCGCAAGCAAAUGCCACCUGUUCCACCAUUUGAACGACAAAAGACCCGAAGUGCCCGGAUCUUCCAGUGCACAUUCUGUACCGACUCGUUUCCUGCCAAGUACGACUGGCAACGGCAUGAAAAGUCUUUGCAUUUGGCCUUGGAAAAAUGGACUUGUGCUCCCCAAGGAGGCACCAUAGUUACAGUCGAUGGCCAGAAAGCUUGUGCUUUUUGCAGAGCGCUAGACCCUACUGAAGACCACCUAGAGACGGUGCAUAAUUUCUCAGCAUGCCAAGAAAAGACAGUGCAAGAGCGCACAUUCUACCGUAAAGACCAUCUUAACCAACAUCUCCGAUUGAUGCACAAUGUGAAACUCGAAACCUGGAUGAACCAAUGGCGAAGCACCACAACUGAGAUCAAGUCACGCUGUGGCUUUUGUGAUACCCAGUUCACCACGUGGAAAGAUCGUGUUGACCAUCUGGCGCAACAUUUUAAGAAUGGCGCAGACAUGUCAAAGUGGAAAGGAGAUUGGGGCUUCGAGCCAUAUGUCCGGCGCCUAGUUGAGAAUGCAGUGCCGCCAUACCUUAUCGGAGAGGAACGGAUCUCACCACAACCCUACAAGGCAACCGCUCAGAGGGUAGUCGGAUCUACUUCGCAGCUCCCCAUAGCACAAGACGCAAACUGCUUUAUGCGUUUGGAGAAAGAACUCAAAUUGUUCGUUCAGAGCAAGCUGCAAGCCGGUACGAAGCCUAGCGAUCAGGAAAUCCAGGACCAGGCUCGGAUCACUAUAUACGGAUCCGACGACCACUGGAACCAAACCUGCGCUGAUAACCCGGUAUGGCUGAGCAUCUUGAAACGAGAUUGCGGAGUCGAAGAUGUGCCUGAGGCGGGUUAUCUUGAGCUCAAUGAUCUAGGCAUGCAGCCUCCUUUCGCUGGAGCGAUACAACGGCCUCCAUUAGAAACCAAUCCUAUGGCCGGCCAUUUGCGAAAGUCAUGGCUCAGUCAGGCAUCGCUGCAUAGUCGUACAGGCUCGAGAUCGGGAAUGCACAGUCCAGGUUUUGUUUCCAGCGGAUUCCAUUCGGCUGGUCCAAGCAUGCCUGGCAGUCUAACUGGAAGUUUUGUUGGCAGCACUGGCGUAUCCUCUGGCGCAAACAUCCCAGCCUUAUCCAGUGGUUGGGCUAGCAGCCUAUCUGCCGCCGACCAGUCAUCCUCUGCCCCGGCCAGCGCUGUGGUUGAUCCGUUUGCGGGGAUGGACUUUGAUAUGGACUUUCUGGAGCAGUUCAACGAUCCUUACCCAGCUAUGUCACAAGAUAUAGCAGGCAUUGACGCAUCUGGGCUCAAUAUAACGAGCAUAUCAUCUCAUGAGACCGGACAUCCCAUCCCUGGAAAGGACGCACAAACCUAUUCCAUAAGCACCUCCGAGACGCAGCCGAUAUCUAUCCCUGCCACUUCUGCUAGUGUUGACCCGAGUUUCCAGCAGUAUCCUGAUAUACCGUACCUGGCGAGGUCCAAUUUUCAGUAA